AUGCGUGAUCAUUCCAGAAAAAAGUCUUCAUCAGCACAUUACAGCGGAAAUAAGGAACAAGUUCGUGAAAAGUUUCUAAUCAACUCGUUUGUAUUACAUUCUUCAACAGAAGGACGACAAGGAAAAUACGAUGCAAAUCAUGUACAUAAUAACUCGGCAUCAGACUUUUCAGUUAGAUUUGUAGACUCUAACGCCAUUUUGGGCAUGUCAUCGACACACCCUUUAUUACCGCAUCAAAACAACAUAAAAAUUGAUAUGAUGAUGAAUGAGCAAUUUAAGGAAGAUUCUAGAAAGGUUUACAACAACUCAAAGCAAUCUCAAGUAUUUUAUAUCAGAUAUAGAGAACAAGAAGUUAUGCUUCAUGAAAUUGUUAUUUUUGACAUCUCUGCUGACAUGUCCACUCUGCUCAAGUAUAAUUUAAUUGAUAUUGAUUUCCAAUUAUUUCACUUACCAAAAGAUAAGGAAGGAAUUCAAAAGGAAGAAAAGAAAUUUGAAAGAAUGAAAAAAUAUGAAUAUCAAGUGAAACAAUUUGAUGUCAAUGAUUUUGUAAAAGUAGCUGAUCGAUCCAUUACUAUUAGAAAGGCAAUUAGAGGUUUUAAUUUAUACUAUCCAGCCAUUUUUGAAAAUUGGUAUUACAGUAUCCUCAAAUCAUCCAUUCAUAUCGUGUUACUCGAUGUGUCCUAUAAUACUCUUCCACCACGAAGACUGAAUAGUGAAUUACAAACUCUUUCUUCUCCAAUCAUUCUUAAAUCCAAUACAAAGAGUGGAGGAGCAAGCUGUACCUCCCAAAUAGAUGCUACUCUCGAUCAAGAAGGUAAUGCAGAGACUUUGUUUGAUGAAACAUGGUUCUCUUCAGUUUCUUCCUAUGAGAAAAACCUCAUCCUUGAUCUAACAGAAUUGUAUCCAAAUGUACUUGCUAGAAACAGGUCAUGGAAGAGAGCUGAUGUUAUUUCUCAUAGUAUUGAAUUCGCAAGAGAAAUUGUAACAUGUUUAAUGGGAUCUAGAGAUGCACUGACAUACCUUAUUAAUGAUCUUUGUGAAAAGUCAUCCACUCCUACCAACACACAUGAAAAGAAAUCUCUAAUCUCAUCACUCAGAAGAAAGUCUUUUUCAGAUGUUACUGAUUCAAAAUAUAGUAUUGAAGCUCUCGCACCAAAAUCCACUCUUUCCAAUCCAUUUCUUUACAAUUCUCCAAGUGCAAAAUUACUACAAUUGAAACCUGUAGGAGGCUUGCAAGAAACUUGUUCAUCUCGCUCUUUGCUUUCUAAUCCUUAUCAAUACAAUGAAAAGAAGAAAAAUAGAGAAGUAGAAACCUUUAUUAGAACUUUGAAUCAAAAGUUUGAUAAUGAUAUGAAUGACUUUGAUCUCAUCCCUGAUGUCAUUAGUAGUGAAUUUAAACCACUUUUAGAGACCAUUGAAGAUUUGUGGAAAAAUCAACAGAAAUUAAUUGUAGAUCAACCAAAAUUUGUUUUACAAAAACUUGAAACAUUCAUGUUGGAAAGAAUGGGGAAAGAAUGGAGCGGAGAGAGUUUGUCAUCUUUGGAACACAUUAAUGAAUAUAACCAUGACUCGACACCCACACAAACAACAGACACAGUUCAAGAACAAAAGCACCUUAUCAACUCUAUCAAUAACUUGAUUGACACGAAUAUGUUUUUUUAUCCAAGAUUUUCACCAUUUAGUUUAAUUUCUGAAGUUUCAGAGCCUUCUGAAAAAGAGUUAUCAGUAGCAGACAUUAUGGGUGAUGAACCAUUAGAACCUGUGUUAUUUCCGAAAGAGUCCAAAGAAGAUCGUUUCAGCACUCUGGACAUUCCUCAAAACAGUACUGCGAGUUUACCUCUUGCAGGAUCUAAAUCUAUUUCUAGAAAUGGAAUUCAUGCACAACUCAAUAGGAACCAUUUAAUUGUAUUCAUUCCAGGCUACAAAUCAAGUCACUAUGACUUUGUUACCUUCAAAACUAUACUUUCUAUGCAUUUUCAUGACGAUAAGCAUCAAUUUUUCAUUGUCAAGUCUCUUGACAAAUUACAUUCCAAAGAGUCGCACAAUUACAAUAAUUCCUCUAUCAAGACGAUGGCAAAACUUGUAACUGAUGAAGUGAAUACACACAUCAAUGACAGUGAACUCUUUUUUCAUAAGAUUAGCUUUGUAUGCCACUCACUUGGAGGAAUAAUUCUAAGAGCUGCAUUUUAUCAUUAUCGUUCAGAAUGGAGAAAGAUAUUCCCAUAUCUAUAUACUUUUAUGAGUUUGUCUGUUCCUCACUUGGGAAUUGGACCUAUUAAAAAGUUAAAAAGUAGAGAACCAGAGUAUUCUAAUCGUUUGGUUCGAGCAGGAAUAUGGUUUUUAAAAUCACUCAAAGGAGAAAAGUGUCUUCAAGAAUUAGCGAUGGAAGAUUAUGAUGAAAAAGCAUGUACAGGUGAUGCUCACAAGUUGGAGCAAUGUUUACUCUUUCAGUUAUCAAUGACCAAUGAUUUAGCAUGGUUCAAACAAGUGAUUCUCAUUGGUUCUGAACAAGAUACCUAUGUUCCAAUGGAAUCUGCAUUGAUUUACUAUGAAGCAAGUUUAAAACCUCUCAUUUUAACAAAAAAGAAAACAUCGAAAAGUAUACUCUCAAGAAUGAUUUCCAAUCUAUCGGAGACUUUUGCUAAUACCAAAUUGAUUCGAUGCAAAUGUGACAUGACCUACCUCUUUAAGAAUCAUGAGAAAAAGGAGUUUUGUUCUACUGUGCAAGUUUUCAAUAAGAAACAUCAUACGACAACAAUGGAAGACACAUUUGAUGAUGUAUCUUCAUUUGGAGCGUUAUCUUUUAGAAAAAAAGAAAGUGGAGAAGACAGUAGCGAAGACGAAAAGGAGAGCGCCUUUGAUGGCUCAAAGAAAAAGAUUCAAUCUCAAUCUUUUGUAGAUCGAAUUACCAAAAAGAUGAAUCAUACAGCUUAUCUGAAUCAUGUUGGAUUGAUUAAUGGAAUUUGUUGUGCAUUUCGACAAUAUUUGGAUUAA